AUGGCAGAAGAGGAGGAGAGCCGCACAUCUACUCCGCGGUCCUUUGCCGGCCAAACGGUGUCCGCGGAGGAGAUGCUCAAAGAGCAAACCGUUGGUCUCGUUCAUCUUUCUGACUUUCGCAAGCGCCGCGCCGAGGUGCUUGAGCAAAAGGAGCGCGAAGCGCAUGACAAGUCGCUUGGCCGACUGGCAUCUGGUAACUCAAGAAGCGCAACCCCCUCUACGGGUGAAAUCUGCGUCUCCUCGGAGCGACGGCCCCCAAAAAAGAAGAAAAAGAAGCCUUUUGCCAAGAGCAAGCUUUCUUUCGGUGAUGACCAGGACGAUACUGGGGAGGAAUCCGCCACAACACCGCGCGAUUCAAGCGUGUCACGCUCCGCCUUGACAAAGGCAUCCAUGGAGGCUGACGCGCUGGCCCGCGACACUCUGCGGAAGGAGUUUUUGAUCAUGCAGGAAGCCAUCAAGAACACCGAGAUCGUAAUCCCAUUUGUGUUCUACGAUGGCACUAGUAUACCGGCUGGGUCAGUGAAAGUCAAGAAGGGUGACCAUGUCUGGCUCUUCCUGGACCGGUGUCGCAAGGUCGGCGCUGAAAUGGGUGUUCGCGGUGGAAGUAACGCAUCCCAGGCCAAAAAAGAUACACGCCGGGAAUGGGCGCGGGUUAGUGUCGAUGAUUUGAUGCUUGUCAAAGGCGAUAUCAUUGUCCCACAUCAUUACGAAUUCUACCAUUUCAUCGCCAACAAGGUCCCAAGUUUCUCCCGCACCGGGGGACUUCUGUUUGAUUAUUCCAAUCAGCCUCCCCCAGAGAAUUCGCCCGGUGGCUUGCAGCCCGUCGGUGAUGAUCAGCUGCUAGAGGGCGCCGACAAGGACUACUCAGAGACCAAAGUCGUAGACCGACGGUGGUUCGAGAAAAACAAACACAUAUACCCCGCCAGUCUGUGGCAUGAGUAUGAGCCCGGUAAAGAGUUCGAGGAGAAGAUGACUUCAACACGGCGCGAUGCACAGGGCAAUACAUUCUUCUUCUAA